AUGUGCUCCAAGCUCAAGCAUAAGAAACAUGCUAAUUGUACUUUUACCUUCANNGAUGUACACAAGGUUGGCGAUACAUAUUAUUGCUACUACGCCGUCUCGCAAUUCGGCAGCCAAUUUUCUAGCAUUGGACUCGCUACUUCAAAGACACUGAGACCUGGCAGUUGGACUGAUCACGGCGCUGUCCUCACUUCGAACACUACUGCACCUUCGCCAUUGAACAUCACCAACGCAAUCGAUGCGAACCUUUUCAUCGAUCCGAAGACCAAGAUCCCUUACCUCACAUACGGCAGCUUCUGGAGCGAUAUAUGGCAAUUCCAGCUGGCUCAAGACUUGCUUAGCGUGGUCUGGUCUCCCUCACCUACACAGCUGAGCUUAGAUCCCGUAAGCCCACAGGCGGAGGAGGGCGCGUACCUGAGUCGCCAUGAUAGUUGGUAUUAUCUCUGGUACAGUCACGGUUCAUGCUGUGGCUACAAUGUCUCUGCCCUACCUGCACCUGGUCAGGAAUACUCCAUCCGCGUUGGACGCUCCAGAUCAGCCACCGGACCUUUUGUUGAUCGCAACGGUGUAGAUCUCAAGAAUGGUGGCGGAUACAUUGUUUAUGGCAGCCAUGAUUACGUCUACGGUCCAGGUGGUCAGGCUGUUCUGGCGAACUACCAUGGACGUGAUGUCUUGUACUAUCACUACGUCAACACCAUCCAGAAUCCCUUGUAUCUCGACGAGCUCAAAUUGCUUGGAUGGAACUACAUCAACUAUGUUCAAGGAUGGCCUGUGUUGGUAUACAACUGA